GCCCUGGCAUAAAGGCCCUGGUGUCCACGAGCUGCUGUCAGACAGGAGGCUGCACCGUGCAUGAUGGGCUCCACUCGGGCACCCGGGAUGGGGUGUGUGGGAGGGCACGGGCUGAUGGUGGUGCUGCUGGCUGGCCUCCUCCUUCCAGGGACCUCGGCUAAGAGCAUCGGAACCUUCUCAGAUCCCUGUAAGGACCCCACAAGGAUCACCUCCCCUAAUGACCCCUGUCUCAUUGGAAAGACUGGCUCCAGCAGCUUCAGCAGCCAAGGCAGCUCCAGCAGCUCCAUUUCCAGUGGCUCCAUUUCCAGUAGCUCCAGUGGCUCCAGUGGCUCCCAGGGCAGUUCUUCAGGAUAUUCAGUAUUUAAGCCAGGAACAGGGUAUUCCCAGAUCAGCUACUCCUCUCAGACAGGAAGCAGUGGCUCUCAGACAGGAAGCAGCAGCUCUCGGUGGGUCAGCAGCAGCUCCCACUCAGGAAGCAGCAGCCGCGGCCGGGGCUCUGGGAAUGGCUCUGCUCUACCAGUCGAUGACAACUCUUCCCGCCAGACAUCAGGUUCCUCCCAGUCUGGAGGCUCUGGGAUGUCCAGCAGCAGCUCCAGUCUGCACCCCUGUAGCUCCAACGUGCCUGACUCUCCCUGCAGUGGGGGCCCGGUCAUUACACACAAUGGCCCCUACAUCACCAGCUCACACUCUGUGUCAGGGGGGCAGAGGCCUGUCGUGGUGGUGGUGGAGCAGCAUGGCUCUGGGGGUCCUGGAGUGGUUCAGGGUAUGCCCUGUAGCAAUGGCGGCCCUUCAGGCAAGCCCUGCCCGCCCAUCACCUCUGUACAGCAAUCCUACGGCGGCUAUGAGGUGGUGGGUGGCUCUGCUAACAGUUAUCUGGUCCCAGGCAUGACCUACAGUGGGGGUAAAAUCUACCCUGUGGGCUACUUCACCAAAGAUAACCCCGUCAAGGGUUCGCCAGGGGUCCCCUCCUUUGCAGCUGGGCCCCCAGUCUCUGAGGGCAAGUACUUCUCCAGCAACCCCAUCAUCCCCAGCUACAGCUCUUCCGGUUCCAAUGUCUACCCGUCGGGAGCUUCCACCGGCAUUGUGUUCCAGCCCGUGGGCACCGGUGGGGUCCAGCUCUGUGGCGGUGGCUCCACAGGCUCUAAGGGACCCUGCUCUGUUUCCGGUUCAAGAAUUCAAAUCGCUUCUAGCAGCUCCAGCUCCUCCUACCACCCCUGCGGCGGUGUUUCCCAGGGGCCCUGCUCCCCACCAGGCACCGGCCCCAUCCGCGGAGGCUCCUCCUCCCUCUCCACUGGCAAAAUCAUCCUUCAGCCCUGCGGCAGCAAGUCCAGCUCUUCCGGCCACCCCUGCAUCUCUGUUUCCUCCGCCACACUGAGUGGGGGUCCCGAUGGCUCUCCUCAGCCUGACCCCUCUGCAGGGGCCAAGCCCUGUGGCCCCAACAGCCCUGGGAGGGUGCCGUGCCGCUCCAUUAGGGACAUCCUGGCCCAGGUGAAGCCUCUGGGGCCCCAGUUGGCUGAUCCUGAAGUUUUCCUGCCACAAGGAGAGCCACUUGACAAGGCAUAAGUCAGUUUUCAUAGCUGCAUGCCUGGACACACA